GCCGUUCAUUUAAAUAUAUUUGCAUCUUUUUCAAGCUUUUAAAUAAUAGAAAGCGAUUAAGUUUGCACAUUUUGUUGUUUAACUUUCACUUUUGGCGAAAAUAAAUCCGCACGUAGAGUUGACAAAACAGAUGAUUAUUAAGACAAAGUAUAAAUUUGAAGAAUGGAAGCACCAACAAAUCAAGCAAAAGAAACAAUCGAAAAGGGUUACAAGCGACCAUGGAAUCUAGAAUGGGACGAGUAUUUCAUGGCGUUAGCAUUUUUAUCAGCACAAAGGAGUAAAGAUCCUAAAACUCAGGUUGGAGCAUGUAUUGUCAAUGAAGACAAAAGGAUUGUUGGGAUGGGAUAUAAUGGUAUGCCAAAUAAUUGCAAGGAUGAAGAGUUUCCCUGGGGAAAAGGUCAAACUGCUGAGGACAAUAAACAUUUAUAUGUAUGUCACGCUGAAUUAAAUGCUGUAGUCAAUAAGAUACAGUCAGAUAUACGAGGAUGUUCUAUGUAUGUUACGCUUUUUCCUUGCAACGAAUGCGCCAAGAUAAUAGUACAGUCUAGAUUAAAGAAAGUUAUUUAUUACAAAAUGCCAGAGAUCCCAAAAGACAAAACGAAAGCACAAGAAAAAGAUGAAAUAAGAAAAGCCGUUGAAAAAAUGUUUGAACAUGGAAAUAUUGAGUUGAAGAAAUACGAAAUUGAUCGAGAAAGGAAUACAGUUUUUAAAAUUGGACCGGAAGAUUCUAUAAUUUUGUAAAGCAGUCAAUGACCACAUUUACAAAACGAAAAGCUGGAGGAUCACUGAUAUAUUUCAGUAAAUGAAUGAUAUAACUAUAAUUCAUGUUUAUCAUAUUGAUUGUGUGAUAAUUUUAUUUGAUUAAUAGUUACACUUUUAACAUAUAAUAUAUCAAUAUUUCUGUUAUUCAUUGUUUUAUCAACUCAUUCUAACUGUGAUCAAUUUUUGAAAAUUUUACUAAUGAUUAUAAUUUGUUCUUAUUGGGAUGAUUUGUUUAAUAAACUAAUAUGCUAUUUAUUAACUUUUA